AUGCAUGAAUAUCCUUUAUCGAUGGUUGAUCAUCUCUAUUUCAAGAGAUUUGUCUGCUCUCUUCAACCAUUAUUCACGGUUCCAUCGAGGAAUACUAUAAAGAAAGAGGUCUUUAAGAUCUAUGAUAUUGAAAGAGCUAAGAUUCAAAGUCUGUUUGAUAUCAACAAAGGUAAAAUUGCAAUAACUACUGAUUUGUGGACUGCCACCAAUCAAAAGAAGGGGUACAUGGCUGUUACAGCUCAUUAUAUUGACAACUCGUGGGUGCUUAGGAGCCAUUUGCUUAGGUAA